AUGGAGAUAAUUUCUCCUUCAUUUCUUCCUUUAUACGAUUACCAAUCCCCUCCAAUCUCCGAUGAUGAAUUUAAACGAUUUCAUACAAUUGAUCGAAAACUUUAUGGGAAGUUGCUUAACGUUCUAGGGCGUGAACCUGCUGAAUCGAUGAAAGUUAUGGCGUUUUUCCAUUGGAUUGAAGGAGUUGCAAAGGAUCGCUACUUUGUGGCUAACCUUUUUGAUUUUUCAUCUCAAUUGCUUAACAAAAUUGUGGAUGAGGCUUUAAUGUGUGUGAAAUGCACGGAGGAUGAUAAGUUUACUGGAUAUAAUAACUAUCCUGAGAUUUUUUUGAUUCCUAAUAUUUUGAGGCGGAAUUUUACUCUCAAAUACUUUUAUGAUAAUCGGGCAAGUGCUAUUCGCGGUAUCACUCAUUCUCUUAAGACUGUUUGUUUUAGGGCUUUUGAUGAUAUACAUGUUGUUAAACAGCCAAAUUAUUAUACUAGGUCAACUUUGUUCCAAACACCAAAUGAUGUUAUCAACAACCCUAGUCCUUAUGCCCCAAUUGGUGCUGGUGGUGGUGGUAAUCUUAUAGAAUCAAUGAUACCUAGUGUGAACAUGAUCGAAGAACUAGGAACCGUUAAUAGUAGUAGAAUGAUGUCACUUAUCAACCCUAGCCAUUUCUAUAGCGGAGCAUCCGACAUAGAAGCUACUAGAAUGAACCCUAGUCAUGUAUCGGGGGUGGGUGGAUCGAGUCUAGAAGAAUCACCUACUAGAAUGGUGCCAAUGAAUUCUUCUCUUGUACCAAGUGCUAACGCGUUAAACAUGGAUGAAUAUGCAAGGGUGGCUAAUAGAUUAAUGGUGCCAAUGAGUUCUAGUCAUGUACCAAGUGUGGGUGCAUCAAACAUAGAAGAAUAUGCAAGGGCAGCAACUAGGAUGGUGCCAAUGGGACCUAGCCAGGUACCAAGUGUACUGGGACCGGUUGUUGGUGCAUCAAACAUAGAUGAUCAAUUAGCAAGGGGAGCAACUAGAAUGGUGUCAAUGAACCCUAACCUUGUACCAAGUCAUGUGAGUGCAUCAAACAUAGAGGAAUUAGCAAGGGCUGCUGCUACUAGGAUGGUGCCAAUGAACCUUGUACCAAGUCAUGUGAGUGCAUCAAACCUAGAAGAAUUAGCAAGGGCUGCUUCUACUAGGAUGGUGCCAAUGAACCCUAGCCAUGUCCCAAGUGUUGGUGCAUCAAAUAUAGAUGAAUAUGCAAGGGCAGCUGCUACUAGGAUGGUGCCAAUGAACCCUAGCCAUGUACAAAGCGCGGGUGGUGAGAUGCUUGUACGUUAUCCAUAUGGUGUUCCAAAUCAAAUGGUACAAUAUAUGCCACCUUAUUAUAAUUAUCCUCGAUAUGGAUCUUCAAGUGGAAGUGGAGUUUUUAUUCCUCAAAUGUUGCCUACUCCUUAUAAUUAUCAUCAUGACAUUGGUGGUAUGAACAUGGAUAUUUCUGAAAUGUUUAAGAACAACUUGAACUUUCUUGAUGAUGAGGCUGAAAUUGCUCCUGAAGAUAGGACUGUCUUCUUGACAUUCUCCAAGGGCUAUCCAAUUAGUGAAGCUGAAGUCAAGGAAUUCUUCACUAGGAAAUUUGGAGAUGAUGUUGAAGCCGUUUACAUGCAAGAGGUUGCGGAGGAUGAGCAAGCGUUGUAUGCGCGGCUUGUGACUCGAUCUCCUGCUCUCCUUGAGGCUAUUGUUGAUGGUGGAAAAGCAAAGUACAACAUCAAUGGGAAGCAUGUCUGGGCAAGAAAAUAUAUCAAGAAGCAAAACCCUAAGAUCAUGUUUCUGGGACAAAGCAGCUCUUCAGUUCCAUCCACUUCACCCUAA